GGAGCCUACUUUCCACUGGCCUGGGAUAAAAUUCGGUGGUUCAUUCUCUGUCGGACGCACGCACGUGCAGGGAGGCAGGCACGCCGACAGCGAUGGGGUUAGUGUAGCUGGGACGCUGAAAAAACUAUGCAGGAUUCACCCAGCUCUCUGGUGAUGGAUGGAUACUCCAGCAAUGUGCCAGCCUUCCUAACCAAACUCUGGACGCUGGUGGAAGAUCCCGAAACGAACCAUCUCAUCUGCUGGAGUACUAAUGGCACCAGCUUCCAUGUGUUUGACCAAGGACGCUUUGCCAAAGAGGUGCUGCCCAAGUAUUUCAAACACAACAACAUGGCCAGUUUUGUCCGGCAGCUGAACAUGUAUGGCUUCAGGAAGGUGGUGAACAUCGAGCAGGGAGGGCUCGUCAAGCCCGAGCGGGACGACACUGAGUUCCAGCACCUCUGCUUCCUGCAGGGCCACGAGCACCUCCUGGAGCACAUCAAGAGGAAGGUGUCGGUAGUGAAAAGUGAGGAGACCAAGAUGCGCCAGGAGGACCUCAGCAGGUUGCUAUACGAGGUACAGAUACUGAGAAGUCAGCAGGAGAACAUGGAGUGUCAAGUGCAGGACAUGAAGCAGCAAAAUGAAGUUCUUUGGCGGGAAGUUGUUUCUCUCCGGCAGAACCACUCACAGCAACAGAAAGUGAUCAACAAGCUGAUUCAGUUUCUGUUUGGCCAGCUCCAAUCAAGCCCUAGCAGCACUGGGAUAAAGAGGAAGCUACCUCUGAUGCUUGACAAUGGGAUCUCAGCUCCCCAAGUGUCCAAGUUCAGCCGGCAUUUGUCUACGGACCCCCUCCAUGACCCCUAUUUCAUACAGUCGCCAUCGACAGAAUCUGCCCCUUGCCUAAACAGCCCUGCUGGCGGGCCCAUCAUAUCUGAUGUUACAGAAGCAUCACCAUCCAACAUAAUAAAUAUGCAAUCCCCUCCUGAAAAUGACAGAGAGAAGUGCCUCAUGCUGAUCAAGGAAGAGCCAGUCAGCCCUGGAGUGAAAGCCACUGCUGAGCCUGAUGUCCCGCUGCCAGGCUGCAGAGCUUGCUCUGAGCCCCCAGUGCUCCCGGUUGCCAUGGUUCAGUCUGUUUUGGAAGGCAAAGGGAGCUGCGGUGCGGCCCCACCAGGGACCUCGCAACCAUCCGAGCGAAGAGGCAGAAGGGCAUUGCUGGACAGAACAGAUAUUUCAGACCCGCUGGAGGGCACCGACUGGAGCUUGGAAGGGCUGCAGCUGCUGCUGAGGAGCCAGCAGUACGGCCUGGAGCCCACCAGCCUCUUGGAUGUCUUUAAUCCCAAUUUAUCUUUGAGUGAGUGGAAUUUGACUGAAAUGGAAGCCAGUCUGUCCCCGAUGCAGCGACUCGCAGUGGAUCUGGAGAAGAAUGCAACUGAGCUGUCCCCAAAAGUGUUCAACCCACCGUUUAACAACACCUGCCCAGGUAGGAAUGUCAUUCUUGAAAGCACCCAGCAGUUCCUCAUUGAUCGUCAGUCGAUCUUUGGAAACGACCUCAUCAGCUUGCCUGAAAGUUCAUCGCUUUAUGUUCCACCUGAAAACACGGCUUCCUACCUGUCCUCUGUGGGGGUCCAAGGGGACAUUCCAUUAAACCUCAGCUCUUCAACUGACAACAACCAGUGAGUCAGUGUCCAAGAAACAACAUCUCCCUCCCACCCAUCCAAGCAUCCACAGGUUUGAAUGUAAAGAAACAAAAGUGACUCAGAAACCCACAAGAGAGUUUCUUUUUGUGUCCUUUCUCUUUGAGUAGAUGGAAGCGGUUGGUAGCUGUUGCGUUACCCUCCCUGCGCCUGGAUUUCAGUGUUUGCCCAGGAUG